AUGACGACUUCAGGAUUUGGGACACGCUACCUGCGGUACCAAAAGCACCCCAAUGCUGCAGGAGGGGCCGGGCUGCGAGGAGCCGAGGUCGGAUCGCCCUCCCCAGAGGCUGCCGUGCAGCGGAGCGGGAACGGCGGAGCCGCCUCCCCGUGCCUUCCGCGAGCCGCUCGCCGCGCGCCGCGCGGCUGCAACCCGAGUAGGGCUGCGGGGAGGGGCCGACGUGGAGCGCGUGGCACGGAACACGCGCCGCUCUCCCGCCGCAGCUCCUCCAGCGUGAAGACGGCGCUCACUCGGCCCCGCUCUUUGGCUGCGGGCAGAGCUGCAGCUGUAAGCAGGAGCGCUGCCCGGGCAGCCAGCAGGCUUCCUUCACCUUCGUCUCCACCGGCGCGGCGUUCUACCUGUCCCACCUGUGCGGUCCUCUUCUACUGGAGGACCUACGAGGCGGAAAAGUCGGGCAUGGGGACCACAGGAGGAACGCGCAGCCCAGGUGAAAGAAACUUAGCAUGAACCACAGAUGGUGUUUACAGCUCAUCAUGCAGCUAUCAACUUUCCAGAUAGAUGGAGAAACAUAGAAGGAACAGACAGAAAAAAGCUGCUUUGAUAGUUGGCAUCUCAGUCAGAGUUCUUGUAUUGUGCUGGAUCUCCUUCACCACGGAAUUACUAAGUCCCCUCCAUUCCUGCAACAUGCCACGCAUCUGGAAAAGCAUUUUUCUUUGGCUUGGCUACUGAAAUUCUUCCUUCAAUCCUUUCAUUUACAUGGCAUUUAACAAAUAUUACAACCAUGCCUUCAAGAACCUUUUCCUGAAGCAGAGAUAAAGGGGGACAGAGAAGGAAAUGAUUCCUUUAUUGCACAAUACAGAGUUUUCUGGAGGGAAAUGUGCCAGCGAUACACACAGACUUUAAGCACAAGAUCUCGUUAAGGGGAUUUUGUAGCAAAGAAGACUGCAGAUGAUUGCAUAUAGACCUACAGUCAGGUUGCAGUUCCCCCUUGGAAAUAUGUAUAUGCUACUCCAGAGUGUGACAAAGAAAGAAGCAGUGAAUAUCUCCCUUCAUUGAACUGCUGGGUGUUGAAGUCUGCAAGCAAAGCACUGUAUUCAUCUCAUACCAAGAAUGUCAAGUCUAAGCCAUCUCAUCCAGCCAACUACAGGUGCCAUCCUGCAGCUUGCUCAUCAUCAGCAAGGGCACCAAGGGGAACUGUGGAUUGAGCAACACCAAAAUGUUUGUGAUGUUUCCUUUUUUGGAAAGUAGACAACAGAGAGAAUGAACAUGCUGCAUUCAACUGUUGACUUUCUCUGAAAUUAAGGAGGGUGACUAAGCAGCCUCAAAACACACCCUAGUCUGGCUGAGGGGCUGUGUUCAUCAUGAAGAUGAACAAUGAAGGAUCUUGAAUAAAAAGUAAUAAUAAAUGAUUUUUAAGAAGGUAAGCUAAAGAAAGAUCAUUUAGCAGUACUUAUGGCUGUUUAUUUUUCUAAAGAGGAGUUGGCAGUUUGGAAUAAACCAAUUAUUUCUGCCUAAACACA